AUGCCUACUACUGGUAUUGGGAGGUCCAUUAAAGCGAGAAAGUUAUCUCCUAGAUUUCUUGGACCCUUUGAAAUUCUGGAGAAAAUUGGAGAAGUAGCCUAUCGUGUUGCUUUGCCACCGCACCUGUCCAACGUACAUGAUGUGUUUCAUGUGUCCCAACUAAAGAAGUACCACCCUGAUCCGUCUCACAUCUUAGAGCCUGAGGAGGUGGAGCUGGAUGACAAUCUAACUUACCAGGCUGAACCGGAAAGGAUCCUUGAUGUGAAGGACAAGCAGUUGAGGAAUAAGACCAUUCGAUUGGUGAAAGUCUUCUGGAAGGGCAUGAGUCCUGGUGAUGCCACCUGGGAGACAGAGGAAAGGAUGCGACGUGAUUACCCUCGUUUGUUUUCUUAG